CAAUUUCUACUCUGUAGUCAUGUAAAUGGAAAGUUUAUCCAGAUUUAACCCGCCAGUGUGGCCCACUUCAAACUAUAGCCAGCAAAGAACCUGAGAUUGAGUUCAGACCAGGAACCUCGAUUUUUAGCUCUUGUUUCUACCCGAGUGCGCGGAGCAGAAGACCGGAAGUUACGCGCUGCGGGGCGGGGCGAGCCAGUGCUUGCUUGUUCAAGCUGCUAGAAGGCAGAGGUGCGGUCUUUAUAAGGGUCCCGCUUGAGUUCCUUGAGCGCACAGUGGUUGUGGACGCCGUCCCGGGGCUCCGCAGCGGUGUGCAGUGUAAGAUGCCGGGCGCCGGCCGCUGCCCCGACUGCGGCUCCGCUGAGCUCGUGGAAGACUCGCACUAUUCGCAGAGCCAGCUGGUGUGCUCCGACUGCGGCUGUGUGGUCACCGAGGGGCUCCUCACCACUACCUUCAGCGAGGAGAGCAACCUCCGAGAAAUAACAUAUUCUCGAAGCACUGGGGAAAACGAACAAGUUAGUCGCAGCCAGCAACGAGGUCUCCGCCGAGUGAGAGAUCUCUGUCGAGUUCUGCAGUUGCCAGCGACAUUUGAGGAGACUGCGAUCACGUACUACCAGCAGGCAUACCGGCACUCUGGCAUCCGAACAGCCAGGCUGCAGAAGAAGGAAGUGUUGGUCGGAUGCUGUGUUUUAAUCACCUGCCGGCAGCAUAACUGGCCCCUAACCAUGGGAACCAUCUGCACCCUGUUGUAUGCAGACCUGGAUGUGUUUUCUGGCACCUACAUGCAGAUAGUGAAGCUCCUGGGGCUGGACGUGCCUUCUCUGUGCUUGGCCGACUUGGUGAAGACUUACUGUAGCAGCUUUAAACUCUUCCAGGCCUCUCCAUCUGUGCCAGCCAAAUACGUGGAAGAUAAAGACAAGAUGCUGUCUCGAACCUUGCAGCUGGUGGAACUGGCCAGUGAGACAUGGCUGGUCACUGGGCGGCAUCCCCUGCCAGUCAUCACCGCUGCUGCUUUCCUGGCGUGGCAGUCUCUACAGCCUUCUGAUCGGCUGACUUGUUCCCUGGCCCGAUUUUGUAAAAUGGCAAAUGUGGAUCUGCCCUACCCGACUGCCUCCCGGCUGCAGGAGCUGGUGGCUGUGUUGCUGCGGAUGGCAAAGCAGCUGGCCUGGCUGCAGGUUCUGAAACUUGACAAACGGUCUGUGGUGAAACACAUUGGUGACCUGCUCCAGCACCGCCACAUGCUGGUCCGAAUGGCCUUUCAGGAUGGAUCAACAGAAAGGGGGACCCAGGAGAAGGAGCAGCAGAGGCAGCCACAAGGACAGAGAGAGGAGGAGGUGGGGGGUAGCACCUCAGAUUUGCUCCAGGGGAAGCGACCAGCCAGUCCUGCACUCCUCCUCCCACCCUGCAUGCUGAAACCCCCGAAGCGGAGCUGCUCCAUGCCCCCUGUCUCCAUGGUCACUGGAGAUGAGGUCAUUUCUGACAGUGAGAUAGAGCAGUAUCUGCGUACCCCUCAGGAAGUGAGGGACUUUCAGAGAGCCCAAGCUGCUAGCCAGGCUGCUCUGAGUGUCCCCAACCCUUCUUGAUGCCUCCCCCAACGGCAGUGUGAUAGCGAUCCCAGGAAAUAGGUGCGUGUAAGCGUCUGGAUAUCAUUUCUUGUUUGAAGGAACCAAGAGGGGUGCUGCAGUCAGUCAGACUUGAGGUCCUGGAGAGAAGUUGGGAGGAGUGUGUGCAUGGCUGUGGGUCGGGAAGGAGCCUGUCCCUUGGCUGCAGGAUGGCAGGUUGCAUGCAUUUGCAUUCUGUGGGAUGACUUCUUAAGACUUAGGGAAAAUAGCUGGGCUCUUUCUUCCCCGGGUUUGAAUUGAACACAUUGCUGUUGAUCAUUCUGCAGGCCUGUGGGGCUCUCCCUGCUGCUUGUGGAGCCGCCAGCAUUUGCAAUGCUGUUAACCCACAGAGGCGUAGGAGCUGGGAAACUCUUGGCCUGUCGAUUCUGGGCACUGGCUGGCACUUGUGUGCUGUGUGUGCAUGGUGUCAUGCGAUCGUCUACCUCAAUAAAAGGACCGUGGGUGGACUACGGCUAUAGCUCAAAGGGCUUUGCAAAUUUUAAUAUAUUAAAACAAGAGACAUCUGCUAGAAAACAUUCUAUUGUAUAAAAUCGGAGCUUUUAAAUACAUGUUUUCUUUGGCACUUUUCAUUCCCUCCCUCCCUCUCCCCAGCGUAUUGCAAAAAGCUCUCCAGUGCUAAGGCAUUGGCAGGGUAUGUAAACAGCAGCCAGCGUAUGUGGAAGAAUAAUACAAAGCUUAUUUUCCCCUAAUAUUGUCUGUGCAGCAAGCAUAAAUAACAGGACCUAUCUCAAGGAGCA